AUGUCUUUACGUUUCUUCAACAUUAAAUGGGAAGAUGUCGAUGAGUAUUUGAAGAGUAUUGGUUUUAUGACCACGAAAACUUCUCAUAAAUGGGCAAUAGUGUUUAUCAAAGGUGAUUAUGAAGACUUUUCAAAUGAUUUACGUGGUGGCAAACAAACGGACUCCUUUUAUGAUACAUUUCCCGAAAUUAAAUCAGAUGCUAGAGCAUUCGUUGUCCAAGCAUGUUCGCCAAAAUCAGCGGAGUAUAAAGCAGCGGACCUGGCCCAGUUUAUCGAUACAAAAUAUUAUGAACUAAUCGGAAUUCAAAAACAAAUUGGAGAUGAUUUGAUAAGAUCGGAAAGAAGUUGUCGUCUGGACCUCCGUAGGUGGGGAGCUAAAUUCGAAGCGAAUUCACAACGUCCAUAUUUUGAAGGACAUGAAAGAGAUGAUGUGGUGAAACAUCGUAAUGAGUUUUUUAGUUAUUUUCUAACACAUAAGGAUUCUUAUUACACCAUUACUGAUGGUGACACACCUAUGUGGAAUUUUCCAACUCAAAAUUCUCAUAGAAUACUUAUAUUUCAUGAUGAAUCAACAUUUAGAAGUGGUAUUGGUAAACGGUGUCCGAUCGAUCAAAUUGAAUAUGUCGAUAAAAAUGGUGUAACAAAAGUUAUCGAUUGUUAUUUUAAACAGGAACCAUACAAAGAUCAAUCAAAAGGUUUAGUUGAACUAUGUAAAGAAUUAGAUGUACAAUUACCAGCUAAGGUUAAAUUGGAUGAAAUUCAUAAAAUACUUUCAAAACAUCGAGCCUUUCAAAAUGUAAGUGAAAGUCAUUCCAUAUUUUGGAAGAUAUUUCAUCCUACAUAA